AUAAAAGCCUGUUUUUGCCACAUUUUCAUAUGCAGUUAUAAGAGUAAGCGGUAAAGCAAAAGGUGAAUGUUAAUAUUUAUUUCAAAUUAUCUGUAAGCCGAUUAUGUCAAAUAAAAUGUGGGCCAUAUUAGGAAUGAUGAUUUACUCGGUAAUCAUCGUUAACGCCAAUAUGCAACAGUGGAACGAAUUUAAAAUAAAGCAUGGCAAAACCUAUGUAACGCCAGCUGAAGAAGUCCGUCGCUAUGACAUUUUUAAAUCCAACCUUAAAUCUAUUGAAGAACAUAACGCCAAAUAUGAAAAGGGUGAAGCUACUUGGUACCAGGCAGUAAAUCAUAUGUCAGAUUGGACCGAUGAGGAGUUUAAUCAACUUGUUGGAGUUCUACCCUAUGAACAUAUCAAAAACGAAAACUAUCACAUACCUUCAGGAGUAAGAGUUCCUAGUUCUAUUGAUUGGAGAGAUAAGGGAGUUGUUAACGAGGUACAGCAGCAGGGAUCGUGUGGAUCUUGUUGGACCUUUACUGUUGCUGGAACAAUAGAAGGAAUGUAUGGAAUAAAAACAGGAAAACUAGUAAAACUUUCUGAGCAAAACCUUUUAGACUGCGCGACUAUUGAAAACGGAUAUUACUGUUUUGGUUGUACUGGUGGGAUCCCUGAGUCGGCUUUACAAUAUGUUCAGGACAACGGAAUUGCAUACUAUGACGAUUACCCUUAUGAAGGAGAAGUAAAUACUUGCAGGAACAAAUCCUCCGUUCUCAAUAUUUCUGGCUACACAUCUGUAGCUGAUAACAACGAAACAGAUCUGCUUGACGCUGUUGGAAAUGUUGGUCCUGUAGCUGUAGCUAUAAAUCAUUAUCUUAUUAAAAAUUAUGCCGGUGGGAUCUUCCAGGAUCAGGAUUGCUCUAAAAGUGUAACACAUGGUGUUUUGGCCAUUGGCUACGGAUCAGAAAAUGAAACUGAUUAUUGGUUAAUUAAAAACUCUUGGGGAACAACUUGGGGAAUAUCUGGAUACAUGAAAAUGAUCAGAGGGCAAAAUAUGUGUGGAAUAGCUUCCCAGGCUUGUUAUGCUAACAUCUAAAUCUAAUUAAAAAAUUAGGUUUUUAUACUAUUUUAUAUUAAUAUGCUUGGUAAUUUUAUGCAAAAUGGUAAAUAAAUAAAUGGAUAUUAUUAGUUAAAGAA